AACCCAACAGUAGUCAUGGAGAAUGCGAAGGUCUAUGCGGUCGCUUUUCUCAUUAGGUUUAUAUAUGUGGUCAUGCAGAUUUUCACCAAGGCUGCCUUGAAUGGAGGCAUGAACACAUACGUUUAUGUGUUCUAUAGACAGCUGAUUGGCACUGUCUUCUUGGCACCAAUUGCUUUUGUGCUUGAGAGGAAGAGAGCUCCACCGCUGUCAUUUAAGGUCUGCUUCAAGAUUUUCCUGCUUGCAUUUGUGGGGUUUGUUAUAUUCUUAGACACAUAUGCUGUUGGUCUUGAUUAUACAACAACCACAUCAGCAGCUGCAAUGAUAAAUUCCAUUCCCGUGGUUACCUUCGUUUUGGCUGUUCUAUUGAGGAUAGAAAGCAUUAAGGUAAAAAGGCUUCAUGGCGUUGCCAAAGUUCUUGGACUGAUACUCUGCCUAGCUGGUAUCCUGACAAUGGCCUUCUACAAGGGACCCCAGUUGAAAUCCUUCAACCAUCAUCACCUCCUUGGUCAUGGAACGAGUCAAAGCGAUCAAGGUCACUCCAAGUGGGCCCUGGGGAUCCUCCUUAUGACCAUUUCUACUAUAGCAUUGUCUCUGUGGAUAGUCCUGCAGGGAUAUGUGUUGAAGGAGUACCCUGUCAAGCUUUCAUUCACCACUCUUCAGUGUCUAUUUAGCACCAUUCAGUCAUUCUUCAUAGCUCUAGCAUUUGAGAGGGACUUUUCUAAGUGGAAGUUGGGCUUCGACAUGAAUCUCCUCUCAGUGGCUUAUGGGGGUAUCAUGGCCACUGGAGUCACAUUCUAUUUGCAGUCAUGGACCAUUGAGAAGAGGGGCCCAGUUUUCUUGGCUAUGACCACACCAUUAACUCUGGUUAUCCAAAUCAUAUGCUCCUAUUUUCUUCUUGGAGAAGUAGUUAAUUUGGGAAGCAUUGUAAGUGGAGUUAUCAUGAUUGGAGGUCUUUAUGGUGUUCUCUGGGGAAAGAAAAGAGAAGAGAAGGAUAGCAAAAUACAAAUAAGGGAGAAUGAACAAGUUUGCUUGGAGGAGAAAGAAACAGCAACACCAGCACCAAGAAUAGAAGUCUAAACAAAUUUACUAAAUAUAUACCCGCGUCAAGAUGAUUUUUUUUGUUUUUUGAUUGAAAGAGAGGAAGCAAAAAGCUUCACCCUAGAUUUAUUGCUGGACAUUUCACUACUAGAAAUUAUGUACUGUUGAUUGAUGUAACUACCAAAAGUCAAAAAAAAAAAAAAAAAUAGUUAUACUA